UAUAACACGACCUUGACCAUUCUUAGCUGUGUUAACUGUUUAUAUAUUACUAUGUAUGGAAAGUAAAAUUCUGGAGAUGUCAACAAUUUUACAAAGAGUACAUGAUGUGGAUACUAGUCUAAUUAAGCCAACAGAUAAUGUAGUUCAUGUACAGACAAACAAAUACACACACACAGAUGUCGCUGAACAUUCAGAUAUGACGUCUUGUUGGAUAAUAAUUGAUAGCAAAGUAUAUGAUGUCACCAAGUUCUUGUAUGAGCAUCCUGGUGGAUAUGAUAUACUUCUGGAACACGCUGGAAGGGACGCGACAUGUGCCUUCGAAGAGGUGGGACAUUCCAGAGAUGCACUACAAAUUCUUCAAGAUUUUUGUAUUGGCGAUGUCGUAAGCACCAAAUAAAGGAUAACCAAUAAGAAAGACGAUACCAAUUAUUCUGUCUCAGAUUGUACAGUGACCGAUUAUAGUAUUUUAUAUCAGCUGGCAGCAUCCUUGUACAGUAAUUGAUAAUAGUAUUUUAUAUCAGCUGGCAGCAUCCUUUUAUAAUAAUUUAUUUCGUGCAUAUUUGAUUAGUUGAAUGAUUUGUACUUUUUAUAUAAUAUUGAUGUCGACACAGUAAUAAUAAUUAUAAAGUGUACCAAAUUGUAAAAUCUCUGGCUCCUUUUUGGAAAGUCAAUUUGCAAUUUAAAAACCAAUGACUAUUGUUACUUUUAUCAGUACAUUCUUAUCUUUAUCUCUACUUCUAUGCAGUCAGAGAGUUUACAACUCCAUUGUUAAAAUGUUUAGUGCUCUCUGUCAGAUACUGGGGAAUGGGAGAUCAAAAUGUAUAAAUAAUGGAACAAGGACACAGGGAAAUUUCACUCACAUGAAUUUCAUGUGAAUCUCACGUGAAUUUUUAUACGUGAAACUACCGUGAAAUCAGUUCAUGUGAUUUUCACGUGAAUUUUGAAAAUAAAGUUAUUCAAAUAACAUCUAAAUUUUCAAAUUUAAUUAAAAUCAUGAAAAACACCAAUUUUUUUUUUUUGGAAGUUCACAUGAAAUUCACGUGAAAAAUUUCACGUGAGAUUCAUAUGAAUCUCAAUUCACGUAAAACUCACAUGAAAAUUUUCAUGUGAGUUUCAUGUAUAAGCUCGUUUAGGUGAAUUUCUCAUGAAAUUUUUCAUGUGAAUUUCACGUGAGAUUCAUGUGAAAUUCAUGUGAGCAAAAUUUGCCUGUGUAUGGUUAUUAUAUUUAACAUUAAUAAGACCUACCUCUGUAUUGCGUUAUAUUACUUGUUUGUUACUGACCUCAUACUCCUGGUAACUUUGUCACAUUUAAUCAUCAGUGGUUUAUUGACAUGUUUGUUUUAUACUUUGAUUGUUAUUGUUUGUUGUUAAACUGUUGGACAGAUUUUCUUAAAUAUUUGACAAGAGUUUACGCUCAAAGGAAUGCUGUGAAAUUCAGUUUUUACUCUAUAUUUUUGCUUCAUCAAAGCAUAUCAAACUGUAUAUACACAUGUAAAUUUCGUCUGCUCUUCUCCCCGAGAAAAUCAAAUAGAUUUCCACGUAUUAUGGUAUACCAUUGUCCGUCCGUCCGUCGUCAACAUGUCGGACAAUAACUCAAAAACGCUUUAACCAAUUUGCACGAAACUUUUGUGAAUUGUUUAUAUCAAUUGACUUGAGCUUCCUUUCGAUUUUUAUAAAUUUUAGAUUUUACGUUUCCGAGUUAUGGGGUUUUAUUCGUUAAAAAGGAGGAUUUCCCAGUUUUCGGACAAUAACUCAAAAAUGCUUUGAGCAGUUUUCAUGAAACUUUGGUGAAUUGUUUAUAUCAAUUGAUAUGAGCUCCCUUUCGAUUUUUAUAAAUUUUAGAUUUUAUGUUUCCGAGUUAUGGGGUUUUAUUCAUUAAAACAGGGGGAUUUUCCAGUUUUCGGACAAUAACUCAAAAGUGCUUGACCAGUUUUUCAUGAAACUUUGGUGACUGGUUUAUAUCUAUUAAAAUAACCUCCCUUAAGUUUUUUUUAUAAAUUUCUGAAAUGACAUUUAGGAGUUAUGGAACCUAUUCUUUGAAAAAGCAACGGGCGUAUCAUGCGCUCAUGGCGCAGCUCUAUUUUUUUAAUGCGUAAAUCGUUUUGAGCUUUGUUGUGUAUUGACAUUUAUAUUGGCAUAUGUGAUAAAGCAUAGAUGUUUUACCAAGUCUUUCAUAUGUGUAAGUAUCUAGUGUUACAGAUGUGUGUUUAUUUCAUAUACUGACAGUUUUUUUUAUCUGUCCGCACAUCAUAGAAUUUAAAUGUUUAAAGGGUAAAGCUAUGCAGACUUCAGCCCUACCUACUGUAAAUUUUUUCUUUGUUGAUUUACUCAUUAUAACAUUGCCUAAAACAAAAUUUAUCAAACUUUAAACUUAUUUGAAGAAAAGGUAAAAAUCAGAGGAAUCUGCAUGGCUUCAACCCAUUACGUCACACAAGUAAAGGUUGCUUGUUCAUUCGUUAUGGUAAAUUGUUGGUUGUGGUGUACUGUUACAAAAUAAUUGUGAACUUAUGUUGAUCCUAAUUUACUUAUGUAAAUAAAUGUAAUAUUUUGUUAAUUGUAAA